AUGACUGGUGACUUGACAAGCUAUGAUCCCUCAUCCGUUCUCAUACGCAACUUCUGUAGCGUAUGUGGUGCCAAAGUUUACGUUCAGAGCAGCAGCUCUGGGAAUAUCUUCCCCUCCUCCGGCGUCGUAGAACGCAAAGAUGUGAAGACUCUCUUCGGGUCCAAUUUCCACGUUUUCGUAGCCGAUGCUCUUGACGGGGGUAUUAGUAUCUGGUUUCCUUCUUCAAAGCGAUGGAAGGAAAGAGAUGACGGUGCUGAAGCUGAGGGCCCUUCUUAUUACAAGGUCGCCAAACAGCGCAAGGAGCAAACACGCUCUGGAUCAAGCAGCCGACUCUCCUGCUCUUGCAAAUGUGGUGCCAUCGCCUUCGCCAUUGCUCCCCCACCAUCAUCACCUCGCGAUCUCCCGGCGGAUUUCUCAGCCGGCCCUUACUCUGACCUCGUAGUCCCACAUCGUAGCAACAACGCCAAAAAGGACAACCCAGACAACGAAGCCUGGUUUCUCCGCAAACACCCAGCGAACCCAGCAGAUGGAGACCAUCAGAGACUGACUCGCUACCUCGCCGGCCUAUGCGUAUGCCGAUCUUGCCGAAAAGCAAGCGGAAAUGAAUUCCAAGCUUGGGCUUUCAUAUCUGCGUACUGCCUUCUCACCACCACCACCACCGCCGCCAACUUCCUCAACGAUCAAUCCCAGAUCCUAGAUUUCAACGAACUCCGCGCGCGGGGAAUGAAAACUUACAACUCAUCCCCAGGCGUCUACCGUGACUUCUGCGGUACCUGCGGCGCGGUCGCGUUCUGGCGUUCUGAUGCGAGGCGGGAUGUCGUCGACGUAAGUGUGGGAUUGAUGGAUGCCCCUGGUGGGCAGGUGAGAGCCGAGGAUUGGCUGGAGUGGUGUACCGACAGAGUGAGCUUUGAGGAGGAGGCGGAGAAUGGAGAGGUCGUUGGGUGGCUGAAGGAGGGAAUGCAAGCGUGGAAUCAUCCUUAG